CUAUUCUUUCUCACAACAAGGUCGCUCUUUUGUUUCUUGUUAUGUUAUUCGUAAUUGAUUUAUAUUUUGGUCUGAAUACCGAAAAGCAUUCCCAUCGUAAGUUAUCGUUGCUGGACGGAGGUAACCUUUCACCCUGAUAAAUUCCUACAACUAACAUCCGUUGCUUCCUCUGAAUAUCUAACUGCGACUUGGAAUGUAGCCGGCAACGAAAAGUUUCGUGUCAUGAUCAACGAGUAUGCACCAACCUAUUUGAAUGUGAACACGAAGUAUCAAAAAUCUGAAGUGAUCGCAAAGAUUGUAGCGGAAGUCAGGAGCCGUAGUCCUGGUGGCGGCUUUAUUAAGAAAGACUUUUACAGCAACCGCUGGUUCGAAGUAGGCGAUGAAAAGGCCCGCGAUAAGGUUGGUACGUGUAUACCCGCCUAUCUUGUUAUCUUUAUCGUUUUCAAUUGCUUUCGUUCUCACGUAUCGAGUGACUUUUUUGAAUUCUUGUCCAAUGUUGUAGGUCAUGCUAUCCGAAAAGCUGCCGUAGCACUUGGGAAACAAUUUCGAGGAGGGAAACGGCAGUCGCAAUCUCUUGCGAAGCGACGCAUGAACAGCAACAUUGGCAAUUUUAAUUUUAUAAACGCUACGAAUAUGGACAUGAAUGCCAACAAUCUCUUUAACAAGGCAGCCCUAAUGAACGGCGCAGGUCUUGAGGCCGUUACUUCGGGUCUUUCGAAAGGCAUGCAUUUUCCCUCCAUGAAUAUGGCGAUGAAUUCGAACGGAAAUGCGAAUAUGAACAUGAGCAUGAAUGCAAGCAUGAAUACCAAUUCGAGCAUGAGCAAAAGCGCCCUUAGUAAUUUAUCGGGUAGGAAUCAACUUGCAGGAAUGCAAAACAUGGGCGCCACAUCUGGCAUUAUGAACGCAAUAGGGAUGAACGGAGUUGGUACCAUGGGAAUGAACUCUAUCACGUCGGGAAGCUUUCCGAGGGAACUUGAGGAGGCGCUGGCGAUGAAUCGCUUCAGAAAUGAUUUUGCCCCGUUGGGAGGAGCUGCCACAUCGGAUUCGUCUCUUUUGGGUAGCCUCUACGGAGUUGGGAAGUCCCCUGGUGAUUCGAUAGGGUUAUCUGGGGUUAAUGGCAGGGUAGGUGUGGAUGACUCAGGACUUAUGGAUCAGUUCCAACGGCGACGGCUUCAUUUAGAAGCAAUGGAAAAGAAAGAAGAUCCCAUGACUAUGCUACAGGGAUCUGGUCAGAGAACCAGUUGGCCCGAGGAGACUAGGAAUUACAACAGCAACAAUGAAUACUCGAACAACCUUUCCAUGGAUUUAAAUAACCAUCAUUCUGCGUUGAAUGGAAUAAACAGCAGUCAUAACUAUAGACCAAUGCUAUCUUUUGGGAGAGGUCAGGGGAACUUUGAAAACAUGAAUUCGAACAGCUACGAAUCUGUGUCAACAGCAAAAAAUUCAAUAUUGUCGAAGCUAGCGGCAGCUAAUUCUAAUUUAAUGCAGGGAGCAUCAAACUUUGGUAACGGCGAUGACAUGGUAAGUUCCAUGAUGAGUGACAAUAACAACCCAGAGACCACAAACAAUAUAAUGGGAAUCAAUAAUGAACUCCCAAAGCCAGGCAUAGGACCUGGAUUGCAAAACUCGAAUCACAUUCAUAAGCAGAACGGCUGGUGAUUCAUAAGUACUUUUAGAGAAUGAUUUAUUGUCAAAUGGUUCAUUAGUUCUGCUAUUCUCUUCUAUUUUUUGGGUAUCAUCUGGUCUUCAUAGUGUAGCUGAGAUGUGUGAGACCCAUUCUGCAUGCACUUAUAUAUUGUAGUACAAAGUAGCUGUCUCRUACUUCAAGAAUAAGUCAAGUAGUAUCUGAUUUGUUAGGGUGAAUGAUGCUGAUAUGCUGUUCUCAUUCAAAACUCUUGUUGUGGUUCUUCUUUCUGCAAAACUAUCUCCAACCAUACUACAGCACAACAAUGUAUUAGGACAACUAGUAUUAUAUUAUGAAUAUUGGRUAUCAACAUCAUACUCCUACAACAAGAAGUCAUCUUUCUUUUCUUCUUUCUUGUUGUUGCUGAGAUAGUAGAAAAUCAUAGGAGAUCAGUGUACAACAUGAAAAGAAGAGUAGGAGUCAGAACCCAGCAACAAUAUUUGUAGUAGUACUACUACUAGUAGUAUUAGAACCACCAGCCUCCAGCAGGUGAUCAGUCUAGUAGUAGAGGUGAAUCUUAAAAGUAACAGUACAAAAAGAAGAAGCAUAAUUUUUGAACAA